CGUCCUCAGAAUACGGUUAGACGUUAAAUUUCGAAGUCACUCUUGAGCGAUCCGCCUGUCAGGAAGUUGAAAACCGCUACGUUUGCAGAGAGUGGAGGAGGAAUAGGAGGAUGGAAGGAAAAAAUACCUCGGUGAACCUUUGAUCCUUCUUCUCGAACAGUCACAAGACUAGUUUCGUAUACUUCCUAAUCGGAUAUCACACAUACCGAUACAGGCGACCCGGUUCACCGACAGUGAUUCGUUUGGAUAAAGAAAAUAAACCGAACGGAAAACAAGGUGAAGGGGAGAGAGCAGCACCUCGGCACUCUUCUACGCUGCUGAAAGAGUCGUUAGGAACGAGAAAUAAGACGACCAUCAUGACAUCUGUUCAUUUCAAUCCGGGGUCGGAUUCCAAGGAAGUUAAUGGUAGUGUAGAGAAGCUGGAGGAGGCUAAGGUGGAGAUAGACGAUGGGAAGGAUGAGAGUGCUGACCCUGAUACCAUGUAUCAACUUAUUCGGAUGAAGAUUACACCUUUUGUCAUGUCCUUCGGAUUCCGUAUGUUUGGUGUGGUACUGAUCAUAGUGGAUAUAGUGCUGGUGAUAGUAGACCUGUCUCUGAUGACGCGGAGCAGAGAUGUGGGGGACGUUCUAGAGACGGUCUCUCUCAUCAUCUCUCUGUUCUUCCUCACCGAUGUACUGCUACGGGUCUAUGUAGAGGGGUUCAAGGUGUACUUCAGUUCCAGACUGAAUAUCAUAGAUGCCUGUAUCGUUGUCAUCACCCUGGUUGUCACUAUGAUCUACACCUUCUCUGACCUGACAGGGGCCAGCCUCAUACCCAGUCGUGGGUUACUGUUUGGUGUAGCCUCUCAGAGCUGUGUGGGGCGGGUCCCCGGCGUCUGUAGUCGUGGGUUACUGUUUGGUGUAGCCUCUCAGAGCUGUGUGGGCGGGUCCCUGCGUCUGUAG